CAGGGGAGAACUCUGCAGCGAUGCAACACGACGCCUUGCCGGAGACCAGCAGCUCGGCCACACCUGCCUCCAACGCCUCCGCCACCUGCCACACCUGCUUCACCCAACACCUGUACCUGCUGGCCGCCUCCUGCCUCGCCACCUGCACCGCCACCUGCCGCAGCGUCACUAUGUCUUCCUCUUUGACUUCCUCCGCCUCCUCUUGGAUGGCCGCGACGGCCGCUUCCUGGAAGAUUUUGACCGUCGCGUUGGCCAGUUGCAGGAAUUUAGCCAAGGCUUGGAUUGGGGCCGUUUGGCAGGCUGUACCGAGCUGGAUCUUCGAAGGGCCGCGUACCUGGAUGGCAGAGUCGUUAGUCGUUGGCAUAACCACUUGUCAAGGGCUCUGUCUUCGGGUGUUCAAGUGGCUGGCGGCCCUGUUCACUCGCGUCGACAGAUGGCGCCUUCUAGAGGGCCACCUGGCCAGUAUAACCUAUAGGGGAAGCAGCAGCAGGCAUGAUAGGAGAAGAAAAUUUUUAACAAGAUGAUGGACUCUGUGUUUGUGUCUGUGUGUCUGUCUGUACUUGCACGUAUAAUCACUAUGAUCUGAGUCCCCUCUAUAACCCAUCAGUUCUCGUUGUGUUAAGUAUUCCAGUAUAGGUUUUGUAUAUAGCAUAACGUUUGUACCUUCAAGCUUUCAAAGGCGAAUUAUGUGGAUCUUGAUAUAUAUA